AUGCUUGAUAUUGCACUCAAGAUCUUGCCAGAGAUUGUGAAGCAAGACAUGCCGAAGAAGUGGAAAAUCGCCUGUCUGGAGGAGAGGCUGGACAAAGCGUGGACAGUCGUGGAAGAACUGGAUGAAUGGGAGAGUGAGCUGCGGUUACGGCAUCACGGGGUUCUUUACGUCAAGGCGCCGUCCGCGUGGGAAGGUGUAUACGAGCAUCGCCUCGAUUUCCCUGGCACGUCAGCUGCUAUCGCCUUCGCCAUGUAUACUGCGGUGAGGAUACAUGUCGCAACCCUCAUCGCCAACGUCUCGGACGAGAUGCUCUCACGUGCACCCAAAGUCGCCGGACGGAUUGUCACACUUUGGCCGCUCGAAACAGCUUGGGAGCUCUUCGGUCGAGUGCAUAUGGAGAGUACGGUGGAUGUGUCGCAGGAGAUGGCCUGGUGCCGGUCGAUGGCCGAAAGACACGCCAGUCUUGGAAUUCCUCCAUUUCAGUGGAGAUAA